AUGGAGGAAUAUGAUAUUAUUGUGCUUGGAACUGGACUUAAGGAAUGUAUCCUGUCUGGUUUAUUGUCUCAAAGUGGGAAAAAGGUUCUUCACAUUGACAAUAAUCCCUACUAUGGAGGAGAGAGUGCAUCCAUUUCUCCCCUUGAGGAGCUGUUCAAGAAGUUUAAGGUUCCAGGACCUGCUAAAUCUAUGGGCCGCGGAAAAGAGUGGAGCAUCGACCUUAUCCCCAAAUUUUUUCUCGCCAAUGGUGAGCUGGUGAAGGUCUUGGUGCACACUGACGUUACUCGAUAUCUGGACUUCAAAGUUGUUGAAGGCAGCUAUGUAUACAAAGCAGGCAAAGUGCACAAAGUCCCCGGCACAGAGGAAGAUGUCAUGCAUUCUUCAGAUUUGAUGGGCAUGUUUGACAAGAGAAGGUUCAGGAAGCUGCUGCUCUUUGCCCUGAACUUUGACGUGAGAAACCCUCGGACCUGCCAGGACGUGGAUCCUAAAAAGAUGACCACACGGGACCUUUUCAGCCGUUUUGACCUGGGGGGAGAUGUCAUGGAGUUCACAGGUCAUGCCAUAGCCUUACACAGCAGUGAGAGUUACCUGGACCAGCCAUGUGGGGAAACCAUCAGACGGAUCCGGCUGUACUCUGAGUCUCUGUCCCGCCACAACCCCAGUCCAUACCUCUACCCUGUGUACGGGCUGGGAGAACUACCACAGGGAUUUGCCAGACUGAGUGCAGAGUACGGAGGAACUUUCCUCUUGAACAGAACCGUGGAUGAGAUUGUGAUGGACAACGGCAAAGUGAAAGCUGUGAAGUCUGAGGGGAAGCUGUUCCACUGUAAACAGCUCAUCUGUGACCCCAGCUACGUUCCUAAUCGAGUGAGGAAAGUGGGGCGUGUGAUUAGAGUCAUCUGUUUAUUAAAUCAUCCAGUUAAAAACACCCACGAGGCGCACUCCUGUCAAAUCAUCAUCCCUCAAACUCAACUCAACAGGAAAUCUGACAUUUACAUAUCGUUAGUGUCACAUGUCCACAAUGUGGCCUCAGACGGGAUGUACAUUGCCACGGUGAGCACGACUGCAGAAACCAGCGACCCAGAGAAAGAAGUCCAGCCGGGGCUGGAGCUUCUCAAGCCCAUCAUGCAAAAAUUUGUUUCGAUCAGUCACAUGCUGGUUCCCAAUGAAGAUGGAAAAAAGAGUCAGAUAUUUGUGUCCCGCUCAUAUGAUGCAAUAAACCACUUUGAGGCUGAAUGCGAGGACAUCAAAGACAUGUACCAGCGGAUAACAGGAGCAGCGCUCCGCUUCGGAGGAUCACAGAGACACCAGUCUCACAACUCUGACGAUGACAGAGAGACUUUCAACAUCAGGACCAAAUGA